GUAGAGGUCAAAGUUAUGACAACGGGGCAAAUAUGACUGGUCAGUAUCAGGGUGUACAGUCCCGUAUUCUCCAACUUAAUUCUAGAGCUUUUUUCAUGCCUUGUGCUUCACACAAAUUAAACUUAUUACUUCGCGAUAUCGCAAAAAGUUCAGUUAAAGCUAUGACAUUUUUUGGAACAAUUGAAAGAAUAUACACAAUUUUUUCCGCAUCUACUUCUAGAUGGGCUAUUUUAAAUAAGCAUUGUCACAUCAUGACUGUGAAAAAAUGGUCCGAAACUCGCUGGGAGAGCCGCCUUGAAAGUGUUAAGGCGAUUCGAUAUCAAAUGCCUGAAAUUUUAAAUGCAUUUGAAGAAAUAUCAAAUACUUCGUCAGACUCUUUAAUAAGAAGUGAAUGUAAAUCCUUAGAAAAUGAAAUUGGUAGUUACGAAUUUAUUCUAAGCAUAAUUAUUUGGUAUGAUAUUUUAGUAGAAGUUAAUACAAUAAGCAAAAGUCUUCAGAGCCCGAACAUGGAUUUAGAUAUUUCAGCUAGUAUGUUAAAUGGGCUACUCUCAUUUUUAAAUGACUAUAGAAAUACUGGAUUUAAAUCUGCAAAAACAACUGCUAAAGAUUUGGCAAAGGCUAUAGGAGUUUCUGCUGAUUUUAAAAAAAUCCGUAUACGAACUAAAAAAAAAAUGUUUUCGUAUGAAACUCAAGAUGAACCAUCUAAAAAUGAGGAAACUAUUUUUUAUCAAGAUUAUUUUUUAACUAUUGUUGAUCAAGCUAUCGUUUCUAUGAAUAUGAGAUUUUCACAGCUUGAAUCGUUUAAUAAUAACUUUGGUUUUUUAUAUCGGAUUAGCAAAAUAAAAUUCAUGGAAAAAGAAGAGUUAAGAAAAUGUUGCCAUGAUCUACAAAACGGUCUAACUGAUGGUGAAUUAAAAGAUAUAGAUGGUUAUGAACUGUAUGAAGAACUACUUAUUUUUUGUACUAUAAUUUCUGAAGAAACGACAGCUUUUCAAGCUCUUUCAGUACUAAAAAAAUGUUGUGGUUCUUUUCCAAAUAUUUCGAUAGUACUACGAAUAAUACUCUCAAUUCCUGUAACAUCUGCUGGUCCGGAAAGGAGUUUUUCCAAAUUGAAAAUAAUUAAAAACUAUUUAAGGAGUACUUUAUCACAGUGUAAACUUACAAGCUUAGCUACUCUAUCGAUUGAACAACAAAUUACCGACUCAUUAGAUUUUAGUGAGCUGAUUGCAAUUUUUGCUGCAGCCAAAGCUAGAAAAAAACAAUUUUGA